AUGAGCACGAAACUUGCAGAGUCCGAGAUCCUCCCCUUAGCCAAUGAUGUGGGAGCAUUAGGUAACAGAAUCAACCAUAGUACCAGAGCUGCCCACAAUAAGAUAGACAAAAUGAUGACGAUUAAGUUUGCCAUUGCAUUAAGAGAUCCCAGAAUAUAUAGACAAGGGUUACAGAGUUAUUAUCAUGUGUUUGCCACUAUUGAAGAGUGUCUUGCUCGUGAGAUUGCCCGGAAGACCAAAUGGUCUGAUAUUUUACAAAAGAUAUGGAAGCCAGAAAUCGCUAGAAAGGAAAGAUGUGAAGCAGAUUUGCUUUACUUUUAUGAUGGCCAUAAGGAGAAGUUUAUUGAGCCCAUAAUGUCUGAACAGAUCAAAUUUGUUGACCAUAUUAGAACUGUGACUGCUGAGAAACCCUACCUUUUAUUAGCAUACAUGCAUGUUAUGUAUUUGGCGUUGUUUGCAGGAGGUAGAGUGUUCCGGAGUUCUAUUGUUAAGGCUGCUGGUCUUUUCCCCCGGAAGGAUGGCCAUUCCCAUGAUAACUUUUUGGAAUUGGGUGGCAAUUUGUUUACCUUUGACGUGGAAGAUGAGCAGCUCUUAAGAUUGAUCUAUAAGCGGGAUUAUGAGAUCUUGACAAGAAACAAUUUGACAGAAGAUGAGAAGCUUGAGAUCAUCAGCGAAUCACAGCUUAUCUUCCAACGGAAUGCUGAUUGUAUUUCUGAAAUCGAAAGACAUAACUUGGAAAAGUUUAGAGGGAAAAUAUCAUAUCAAUUGGCCAACAAUAGUAACUAUUUAUUGAUCAUCAUUGUGGUGUUGAUACUUGUGUUUUACGGGAGAAGAUACUUUAAGUAG